GUGAAUAGCCUUGUACCAUGUGACCUCUGUGAUCAUUCACAGAUUUCACACGUAGCAAGCAAUGAUGUCAGAAGUGACAUCUUGCUUACUACUCUGCAUGUGAUCGCUGAUUGGCCAAUCAGUGAUCACAUGAUCGGGACCUCACACAGAGGUCCCGAACGACGCUAUUGAGAACUACUGAGUGAGCUGUGAUUGGUCACAGCAUGUCACAUGGUACAAGGCUGUUGUGAAUAGCCUUGUACCAUGUGACCUCUGAUCAUUCACAGAU